CAGAUAACAGCUGAUUUCAGUGAUUUUAAAACUAAACAAAAAACCUAAAAUUUAUUAAAACGCAAAAAUGUCUUGUGAAAUAUCCGUAGUGGCAAAUAUUGAGGACGUCGACAAAGUUAAGAAGAUACUAUUCCCUUUAGAAAACGACAAUGGAUCAGAAAACUGGUUACAUUCCUGCAAAAUAUCGGUGUCUACAGUGGGUGAUUUAAUUGUUAUAGCUAACGAGCGCACUCUGGUUGUUCUAACUCUCAAAUGGGACUUUCAAUCGUCUUCGAACGUGUUUCAAGUAACGUACAAAGGCUUAAUUCAUGAUUACGAUAAAGUGAAAGCCGUUCUGUGUCUAACGAUUCCCGGCCAAAGCGCGGAUUCGAAACUAACCACCGAUUUGAAUUGUAUUAUAAUAGGUUACGAUUCCGGAUACAUCAGAUGUUACACGGAGAACUGUGAUUUAUUGUUCGAGGAACAGUUCCACGCUGAAAAUAUCGUUACCAUGUCAUGCAAGAUGCAGAAAAACGCCAAAACCAUUCCUUCUCUCAAAGAGAUUUACAUUCAGUACCAAAGUAUUUUAUGCACCCUUAACGGACAACAGUUAGUUUCCAUUUUAAGAAAUUGCGAUGUGAAUUCUCCCCCGAGCAAUCAAGACAUCGCAUCUCUAAUGCCAAAGAAAUGGGGGUUUCAAGAGCAAUCUGUCAUAAACGAUAGUGCUGUUGUUGGAUUGAAUACCGGGAACACAUUCGAUCAUUUACUAACAGCUUCAACUUGUGGCGGUUUCAGUACAAAGUACAGGACCAUGCCGCCUAAUAGCACUCUAGUAAUAGGGGCCGGUUCGAAACCAUUUUUAGGUUACCACUACGCCUUAGAGGGCGGAGGCCAGCCGGUUUUAAGUGAUGUAGCUAAAGCUGUCGCCAGCAAAUUGAAAUCAACACUUCCAACAUGGUUGGUAGGAAACAAAAACUCUCAAGAGAAGCAGAUUUUAUUUUCGGCGCAACCGGUGGAAAAUAUGGGUUGCAGAUUUGGCCUGUGCGAUAUGAGACGAGCAGCUACCGAUAUCGUUCUUUCGCCCGAUAAUAAAUUAGCGGCGGUUUGUGAUACUUUGGGCCGCAUUCUGUUGAUAGAUUCGUACAAAGGGAUUGUUUUAAAAAUCUUCAAAGGGUACAGAGAAGGGCAGUGCUCGUUUAUUCAAGUACCUGACGAAAGACGGUCGAAAUCCAAAAUAGAUAAUAAAAUGGCGCAUUUUUUGGUAGUGUAUUCGCCGAAAAAAGGAACUGUAGAGAUUUUUUCCCUGCAGCAUUGCUCGAAAAUAGCCACUUUUACCGCUUCUAAACACAGUCGUUUACUGUAUGCUAAUUACGGUUUCAGUGGGUUUUCUACAUCAAAAAGCAAACACAUAUGUACUACUUUAUUCAUAGACAAUAACGGCUUGAUAAAGGAGUUUUUAAUACCAUUCCAUUUCACGCUUUCUGAGAAAAACAAUAAGAAAGCCAGAGAUUUGCAUUUAUACAAGAAGUUACGCCACUUGUUAAAAACUAGCGAGGAACUGAACGAAAAAAUAUUGAGCGAAGCGCUGAGUAUAUGCACCGAAUUGAAAACCAACGACAUUAAAUACCAAGUCGUAAGUUUUCUCUUGGAUAAUAAGAGUUUAUCGGCUGAUUUUAGCCUGAGUUGCGUUGAAUAUUUCUUAGAAACUACUGACGAUGAAGAGGGCAAAAAUUUGAAAUUGUUGUGCCAAAAUGCAAGAGUUCUUCUGAAGUUAUUUGCCUUUGCAUCGGAUACUAAAAACGAGGAAGAAACUAUUGAUAAACAAUUCGAUGAAUUCCCGCUUGAUGCAGAAGUCAAAGAAAUGGUGGCACUGCGAAAGUUGCUGAGCUUAAGCGUAGAAAACGAGACUGCCAAUGCAAUGGAAACCCGCGUUAAAUUUUCAGAUCAAUUCGAUUUAUCCCCGGCCCAAUUCAUUUCAAUUUUUAACUACCCAACUUCCAACAGCUUGAAGCCGAACACGGACGCCAAAAUUUUACAUCGAAUCUCCGAGUUUCUGUUUAAGCCUUACAUCGAAGGCAACCUGCAAAAUUUCGCCGAAUUUCAACAGCAAAUAACCGAAUCUCAGAUAUCGUCGAAAAAUCUCUUCGAGCUGCUGUUAACUUACUGGUCGAAUCGACCUUUAAACAUGGCGAAAAAUUUGGAGGAAUACAUGAAGAAACUAUUCACUCUUUUGAACAUUCUUAUAAAAAUAUCGGACGAUGAAAUCGACGAAAUCGAGUACAACGAAAUUUCCGAUUUUUGGUCGCACAUACGAAACAUUUUAAUUGAUUCUUCGACACCCUUUCCGGCUCUCAUAGCCGCCAUUUUAUGCAAAAGCGCAGCUCAAACGCACGGAAGACAAUCCCAUUUAGACGACUCAUCAACUUCCUUAAACGACAUGGAAGUUCUAACCCAAGAAGACGUAGAAUGGAGCAUUGCAAUAGGUAAACUAGAAGACGUGUCCCUGCUGAAUAUAAUUCUCUCGACUAAACCACCAGCUGACGGUCCAUUACCGAAGCUUUCUUAUGACAAAACCGACAUCAGCUUGAAGUAUAUACUGCAAAAAGGCAAAGGUUCUGUAAGCGAGUUGGUUGCUCAAUGGCUCACGACUACUGGAUUCGAUCCAAAACGUUUAAUCGAACCCAACGAAGACGAAAAUCAACCCGAUGUUGAUAAAAGCGCGCCGCAAGAGAAAAUAAUGGAAAGCUUGGGCUUGCUGAAGGAACAAUUUCCCUACAGCCUUGAGACUAACUGCAUUUUAACUAACAUGUCUUGGGAAUACGCCACGUCUUGGCAAAAAGACAUGCACGAUAUGAGUCUCUUAAACGCUUCCAUAAGUUGCUUGAAUAAUGUUCAAAAUCUUCAAAUUAAACAAGGUCUCUAUCAACUCCUUUGGAACGUGCAUUUAAAGAUCGUGAACGAGAACGCUUGUAAGUUGAUAAACAAAGUGGGUAAGCUUCCCAAAGAGAGAUUGUGCAGGCAAGAUACCGGUUUGACCGAUUACCAGUUGUCCUUAUUCCUGAGCAUUUCGACCGAUUUUCUGGAUUCUUUCAUGGAAACGGCAAGAGCCUGUGUUAACGUGCCAAAAGAGCCGAUAAAAUUCGAAAACAUAUGGGAAAACGGCGGUAAACCUUUGGUGGAAUUAGCUAUGGAACAAAGAGACGUCAACUUUGAGCUAUUAUUUUUACACCAUCAGCUCUGUUUGAUACUCUUGAUGACAACUACUUUCACCAUCAAGCAAUCGAAGCCCAUCAACAACUUGUUCGAUCCCAGCAUCGUUAAUUUGUUCUUUACGGAUUUGCAGAAAAAAAUCCAAAUAUACUCUAACAAAUCCGACAUUCGACUCAACUCUAACAGAAUUCAGUUUCUGCUGAAAAUAAUUUCGGCCAGCGUGGAGGCCAUGACGACCAACGAAUCCGGUAAAAUCUACUUCACCGAUCACGUCUACUGGAUGUCCAAGUGCGUCGAUAUGGGAAAAAUCUGGAAUUUAGAAGUCGAUAGCCUUAGGAGAUAUCAAAUCGUGCAAUUAUACGCGCGAGGCUUCGACGCGGUCGGUGAAGAACUCAUCCCGACCGCCAGCGAUAGCCAAGAACUGGGAAAAUGCCUGCUGAAAGUAGCCGCCAAAAGGCUAUCGCAGUUCCUAGUAUCGUCUCCAUCGCUUAGCGAUAACAUCACGGCUCUUAGUCCUGGUUUAUCGAAGUAUAUCGAUUCGCUGGAUGAUGAAUGGUGUGCACCUACACCUUUAGAGGAUAUAACGAUGUUGUCGACUCAAGUGGUGCAUUGUUUGAGAGAUGAGGAGAGUGAGUUUAAAAUAGCGGCGGUUUUGCUAGAGGCUUGCAAGACGUUAGAAGACUUGCAGCAUUGAAAUAAUUAGGUAUUGUAAAUAUUAAAAUAAAUAACAAUUAGGUA